UUUAACUAAUUGUACAGUUUACAGAUAUUUUUUAUGAAGAAUGUCGGAGGCCAUGUUCUGGUGAUAUGUGAUAGAAAUUCAACCCAAACUAUAUGAACUCCAGUGAAACAUAUAUAAAGGUUAUAUGAAUUUAAAUUUGUGUGCCUACCUACUGGUUCUUGGCCCCCCUGCAAUUCAAAUCUCUGGGAAAAAGUUCUUAAUAGAGACAGGACAGAGAAAAGAAAAGAUCCAGGAAUAUGAUUCAGAUUAUCAAUUAUUUGGAGGGGGAAUUGGAUUUGGAGGUUCAGUUGUAGUUACAUCUAGACCAAUUAUAGUUACAUCCAGAACAAUUCUACUUCCUGGGCCACCAGUAGUAAGAAGAGUAAGACUUCCUAAUCCAGGAAUAAAUGUUCAACAGAUUCUAGAGACAAUUAGGGAUAUACCAAGAAAUAGGAGACCAAGACCACCUAGGCAAAGGAAUAGAAGACCAAGACCACCUAGGCCAAGUAAUAGAAGACCUAGACCAAAUGAAGAAAGAAAUAGGGGACCUAGACCAGGUGGAAAAAGAAAUAGGAGACCUAGACCAGAUCGUGAGAGAAACAGACAAAGUGGACCAGGUAAACAAAGAAUAAGAGGACCUGUGAGCAAUGAAGAGGAUGAUUAUCCUUCAAACAACGAAGAUGAUGAUUUUCCAACUGUAAAUGAAGAGAAUGAUGAUCCAUAUUUUGAAGAAGAAUAUGAUCCUACUGUAAAUGAAGAGAAUAAUGAUCCUUCUGUAGAUGAAGAGAAUAAUGAUCCAACUAAUUUUGAAGAUGAAGGUUCUACAGCUAAUGAAGAGUAUGAUGAUCCAACUAAUGAUGAAUAUGAAGGUUCUUCGGCUUUUAGCAUUUAAUUAGAAUCUCACAAUUAUUUUAUAUAUGGAAUGUGCAUUGUGCAUGAAAAAGCAGAGCCUUGGACUAAGAUUGCAUUUACUGUGGUUGACAUUUUUGAACCUAUAAAGCUUAAACACUGUAACACUGGAAAACACAUAGCUUAUACAUAAAAUCUUACUGCAAUAAAUAAUUUAAUAAUGAAGAA